ACACACUCCACAGAAGGAGGACAAAGUUUCGCUUCUUUUGCCCAAAUAACCUUAAACACUCGCAAAAUGGCAUUCAAGUUGGUUGCACUCGUCGCCUGCUGCCUGGCAGCCGCCUCCGCUGGUAUCAUUCAACUGGAGCAUCACGAGCAGCAGCAGCAGCCACAGCAUGUCCUCUAUCAGGCUCAGCCGCAGUACCAGCACCAGCACCAGCCGCAGCCACAGCAUGUGCUCUACCAGAAGGCACAUGAUAUCCAUGCCCAAGGACACGAGGUCUACCCGGAUGAUCCCCAUCCCAAGUACAACUUCGCCUACGAUGUGCAGGACGCCCUCUCGGGCGAUUCCAAGAGCCAGUCGGAGUCCCGCGACGGGGAUGUGGUCCAGGGCGAGUACUCGCUGGACGAUGCCGAUGGUUUCCGUCGCACGGUGAAGUACACCGCCGACUCUGUCAACGGAUUCAAUGCCGUCGUCCACCGCGAGCCACUGGCCCAUGUGCACCACAAGGUGGUGGCUGCUCCAGCUGCUGUCCAGUACCAUCAUGCCCCGACUGCUGUGAUCAAGACGCCCGUGACUUAUGCUGCUCCGGCACCCGCUUAUGUGGCACCCACCUCCACCUAUGCUGCUCCAGCGUACACCGCGCCCGCUUACACUGCUCCCGCCUACACCUCUCACUAUGAGCAGCAACAGCAGCAGCAACAGCAGCAGCAGCAUCAGGAGCAGGAGCACCAGCAUAACUAUGCCACCUACGAGACUCCAGCCCCUGCCCAUGAGGCUCAUGACUACUACCAUCACCAGUAGGAGCAGAUCCUACCCCUAGAGAUCUGACAAGCGAAGUAUUAUCUAUCCAGCAUCCAUUCCAUUCCGAUCUAUCAUUU